CAUAGGAACACUAGUGAACGCGGUUGCUAAGCAACGGCUCUGCAUUCUGAAAACCAUCAUGGCGGACAGACCGAGACCCGUGUCACAGGGGGCCAAAAAACCUCAGAGCGCUGCUUCUCAGAGACCUUCUUCUGCAACUAGACCUACAAAUCGUCCUGCUUCUGCCCCAACAAAGAAAUCAGCUCAAAUGGACCUGCUAGCGAAAGAAGAGGAAUACAAGAGACUUAAUGCAGAACUGGAGGCUAAAACAGCCGAGCUGGUGAGGCAGGCAGAGGAAGUUAUGAGAGAACAAAACGAGGUGCUGUCAAAGCCCAUCUCAACUAAUCUGAACCUCGACUCUGAGGAAUUUAGUAAUGUCCCCAUGCCUGCUGUGAAACAAUCUACAGCAAAGGCAGUGAAAGAGAAAAUGCAUGUAAAAGCAGGCAAACUGACCAGACCUCCAUCAACUCCCAGAAAGACAGCACAAGAAAAAGAAACAAACGUCGUGGAUGACGUUGCAGUGGUGGAGGAUUUUACAGAUUUCUCGCUGGCCAAGACGAUAAGCAAAAUAGAGGAUGGAGUAAACGAUGAUGCCACGGGCGAGCAGCUGGAGGAUGAUGUUAUGCCAAGCACCGGGGUAGAGAUGGGUGCAGAAGUUCAGAUUCGCUUUUUGAAGGCCAAACUCCGAGUGGUGCAGGAAGAGUUAAACAGACUCUCACACGAAUGCAACAAGAAGGACGAGGAGAAUGGUGUGUUGAGCAGUAAGCUAAAGGAGGUGGAGGAGGAUCGAGUCAGACUGCAGAGGAUGAGCAGCUUGCAGCAGACGCAGUUAGAGAAGCACCGAGCACUGGCUGAAGACGCUAACAGGAACUGUGACAGCCUGCGCCAACAAGUUACCGCAUUACAGAAGGAGGUGGAGGGAAUAAAAAGGGCUCAAAAGCAGGCUUCCAGCAGCCACAAUGCCACAGAGGUGAGACUUAACCGAGCUCUGGAGGAGGCAGAGAGGAGCAAAGCUGAACUUGUCAAGCUUAAACAGAGCAGCAAGGACUCCGUGAAUCAGGAGCAGCAGAGGAUCGAAGCUCUACAGGCAGAGAAUAAAAGGCUGGAAAAACAGAAAGAUGAACUCAUCACAGGCUUUAAAAAGCAGCUCAAGCUCAUUGAUAUUUUAAAAAGGCAAAAGAUACAUUUUGAAGCAGCAAGGAUGAUGUCCUUUACUGAGGAGGAGUUUAUGAAGGCUCUCGACUGGGGCAAAAUGUAACGCGUACACACGUACAUGCACUUCAGAUAAACUCCUCAUCUGUUCUGUCAAAGUCUCUGAGAAUGUUUUAAAAGUCUUUGACUUGAAUUAUUUUUUUUUUUUAUACAAGUUACAGGAUUCUUGAGCAGGUCUGGAAAACAGGGAAUUUGUAUAGCCUUUAUACAUUUUAAACAAGAAAAAGAAAAAAAAAAUGCAUUAUAAUCUGUAUAUAUCUAAGGAAUUAAACUUGGUGUUCUGCUGUUA